AUGGGGGGGGGGGACCUCCAGGGUCGUGAGUGCAUCUCCAUCCACAUUGGUCAAGCUGGUGUCCAGAUCGGCAAUGCCUGCUGGGAGCUCUACUGCCUGGAACACGGGAUCCAGCCCGAUGGCCAGAUGUCAAGUGAAAAGCCAACUGGGGUAUUGGACCACUCCCUCGACACCUUCUUCAGCGACACAGGCACUGGCAAGCAUGUGCCCAGGGCCGUGUUUGCAGACCUGGAGCCCACGGUCAUUGAUGAAGUUCGCACUGGCACUUACCGCCAGCUGUUCCACCCAGAGCAGCUCAUUACUGGCAAAGAAGAUGCCGCCAAUAACUAUGCCCGUGGCUACUACACUGUUGGCAGGGAGAUCAUCGAACCUGUCCAAGAGCAAAUCCGCAAGCUGGCUGAGCAGUGCUCGGGCCUGCAGGGUUUCCUGGUGUUCCGCAGCUUUGGUGGGGGUACCGGUUCUGGAUUCACAUCGCUCCUGAUGGAACGCCUCUCUGUCGAUCACGGCAAGAAGUCCAAGCUGGAGUUCUCCAUCUACCCGGCCCCUCAGGUCUCCACAGCUGUGGUGGAGCCCUACAACUCCAUCCUCACCACCCACACCACCCUGGAGCACUCCGACUGUGUCUUCAUGGUGGACAAUGAGGCUAUCUAUGACAUCUGUCGGAGAAACCUGGACAUCGGGCGUCCCCGUUACACUAACCUUAACCGCCUUAUGAGCCAGGUUGUGUCCUCCAUCACAGCCUCUUUGCGGUUUCAGGGAGCCCUGAAUGUUGACCUGCAGGAGUUCCAGACCAAUUUGGUCCCCUAUCCCCGCAUCCACUUCCCUCUGGCCACUUACGCCCCAGUUAUCUCCAUUGAGAAAGCCUACCACGAACAGCUUUCUGUAGCAGAGCUCACCAAUGCUUGCUUUGAGCCAGCUAACCAGAUGGUAAAAUGCGACCCUCGCCACGGGAAAUACAUGGCUUGCUGCCUGCUGUACCGUGGGGAUGUAGUUCCCAAAGACGUCAACGCUGCCAUUGCUGCUAUCAAGACCAAGCGCAGCAUCCAGUUUGUGGACUGGUGCCCCACGGGCUUUAAGGUUGGCAUUAACUACCAGCCUCCCACUGUGGUGCCCGGUGGAGAUCUGGCCAGGGUCCCACGAGCUGCCUGCAUGCUCAGCAAUACGACGGCCAUUGCCCAAGCCUGGGCUCGUCUGAACCACAAGUUUGACCUCAUGUAUGCCAAGCGGGCGUUUGUCCACUGGUAUGUGGGUGAGGGCAUGGAGGAGGGAGAGUUUAAUGAAGCUCGUGAGGACAUGGCUGCGUUGGAGAAGGAUUAUGAGGAGGUGGCAGCAGACUCCGCUGAAGGAGAAGAUGAGGAUGAGGAGUAUUAG